GCGCAGAACGCAGAGCGCCGCGACGCCGCCUGACACUCACUCUCCGCCAUGGCGCGACUCACGACGCACGGCGCCGUCCUGGCCGCCACCGCCGUGGUCCUGGUGCUCACCGCGAGGCCCUCCGUCCAGCAGGGCUCGUCCAUCCAGCUGCCCUGCACGUCCGUGGACGACUGCGACACUGCGGGGGCCGUGUGCGACGCCGGGGCCUGCUCCUGCCCGCGCGGCCAGGUCAUGACGAGCGACCUAACCCGCUGCCUGCCAGGCGCGGGCGAGUGGGGCGCGGCCUGCAGCGACGCGGUGCAGUGCGUGUCGCGGCUGCUCGUCGGCGGCUCCUGCUCCGCCGCGGAGGUCAUCACGUCGGUGCUGGAGCCGGCCGCCCCGGCCGCCAACGUGUGCCAGUGCGCCCAGGGCUACCACUACCUGCAGGGACAGUGCUGGCGCAGCGCAGGUCUAGGAGCGUCGUGCAAGCGCUCGGAGAACUGCUACGCGAACCACGACAGCGAGUCGGUGGCGUGCAAGGACAAGGUGUGCGCGUGCGCGGACGGCUUCUACCAGCGCGAGUACUCGUCCUGCCGCAGAAUCAGCACAGCGUACGGGCAAGAGUGCGGUAUCGUCCAGGACUGCCAGUACGAGUUCUCGGCGUGCACCAACAGGCGCUGCCGUUGCGAGGCGGGCUACAAGUACGACAAGGACAAGAAGUGCGCGCCGGCCGCGCGCCCGCCACAGUCCGUCUCGAAGUCGGCGAGGCCGACGACGUGGAGGACGUCCUGCCUGGCGUCGCGUGGCAUGCGCUGUUCGGCGACAAGACGGCCCCGAAGGACGACCCGAAGGUCGCCGUCCACCACACACUGCGAGCCGUUGCAGCGGACGCGGCCUUGCACCACCGCGGCGGACUGCGGCGCGCACAGCGACUGCGAGAGCGGCGCCUGCGUCUGCCAGCGGGGCUACUUCAAGCUGGAGGGCGAGGCUGCGUGCCACCCCGAGGUGCUGCAGACGUGUGCCCAGGACGCGGACUGCACCAUGAAGAACGCCGUGUGCCGGGCCGUGGGGGACACCAAGGUGUGCUCCUGCAAGGGCGGCUACAUCGCCAGCAUGGACAUGAGGAUCUGCCGCAAAAUGUCGCGCGCGCUGGACUGGAGCUGCCUCCACGACGAGCAGUGCGGCUACUUCGGCCCGGGGGCCUCGUGCGUCUCCAAGCGCUGCAAGUGUGCCAGCGGCACCCACUGGCUGGCGGAGCAGCAGUACUGCUGGGUGUCUCGAGUGGUGGGCGAGCAGUGCGUGGCGUCCGAGGACUGCGCGGGGCUGGGCAGCGGCGGCGUGUGCGGCUGGACCAACGCCGACGGCGAGGUGACGGGCGACGGCGGCGCCUCGGUGUGCGGCUGCGCGUCCGGCUUCCACGCGGCGGCGGACGGCGCGUCGUGCCGCGUGGACGCGGAGGGCGUGGGCGCGGAGUGCCAGCAGGACGAGGACUGCGUCACGGAGCACACGGCGUGCCGCCAGGGCGCGUGCGCCUGCCUCGCCGGCUUCAUCCCGGACGCCAGCGGCAAGGGCUGCCAGCCGGGCGUGGGCGGGCCCUGCACGUCGGACUCCCAGUGUGCCGCCAAGGGGUCCCAGUGCGUCGAGUCCAAGUGCGCCUGUCCGAGCGACUACGUCUCAGCCGAGGCCGGCGACGCGUGUCUUGAAGAGGUGACCACCGUGAACGGGACCUGCACCGAGUCGGCGCAGUGCGCGCUGCUCAACACGGGCUGCACGGACGGCGCCUGCCGCUGCGCCGAGGACCAGCACUUCAAGGGCGACCGCUGUCAGCGCAAAAGAGGCCUGGGCCAGCGCUGCUCCUCGAGCUCCGAGUGCUACCUGCCGGACUUCCCCGAGCGCAGCGAGUGCCGUAACGGGGUGUGCAAGUGCCUGUUCGGGUUCAACAACGACAACGACAAGACGUGCUCGGGCGCCGCAGGCCUCCCCGGCGUGUCCGCGUCCGCACUGGCGGUCGUUGCCUGCCUCUCCUUGGUGUGGUCGAGGCGCGGCUAAAAUAGCCGCCACCCCUCGCCUCGCCGCCACGCCACGCCACGCCGCUGGCCCUGAGAUGCCGUCUUGAGAUAACGAGACAGUAGCAAUUAAGUAGAUGCGGCCGAGGCGGCAGAUUUAUUCGCGACCCGCCUGGCCGGGGAGGGGGGAGGGGGAGAAUUGCGGCUUCGUGUGGGAGCCGCGGCCACGCGUGGGUGAAGUGGGGUGGUGUUGGGGAGGCUCAACAAGAAACUCCAACAGCUCUCUGUGAUUUUUUUUUAGAUGUUAAUGUUAAUUAUAUUUUUUACGCGUCUGUUGUUUGAUAGACUGUAAGUGUGUGUGUGAGUGCGUGUGUGUGCGAGGUGUCCCGUUUUGCGGCUGGUGUGGAUAGGCAAUCCAGUUUCCUGUGCCUGGAUUGCUCGCGAUCGCUCCAAGAACGUUGUACUAUUUGUGUGUCUUGUUUUGUUUGUUUGUUUGAGAGGUUGAGUGCGACUGAAUAAUGCGAUUCCACGUCAGUCUGACGUAGAAGCAUUCUCUGCAGUUUCCGUCCACGUUGUGCAGUGCAUGCCGAUUGCCAUUGUACCUAAGAUAUUAUUAUAAUGUAAUUUAUACCUGAAAAUAAAAGAUCACGAUUUUUCCAA